UGGGAUACUGCUGGCCAGGAGCGGUUCCGAACAAUUACAACAGCUUACUACCGUGGAGCCAUGGGUAUCUUGCUGGUAUAUGAUGUGACUGACGAGUCAUCGUUUAACAACAUCAGGAAUUGGAUACGAAACAUUGAACAACACGCUUCUGACAAUGUCAAUAAAAUACUCGUGGGAAACAAGGCAGAUAUGGAUGAAAGCAAACGGGCUGUUCCUACAUCCAAGGGUCAAGCGCUAGCUGAUGAAUAUGGCAUUAAAUUCUUUGAGACAAGUGCCAAGACAAAUAUGAAUGUUGAGGAGGUUUUCUUUUCAAUAGCUCGGGAUAUAAAGCAAAGACUUGCUGAAUCUGACAAUAGAGCUGAGCCUCAGACCAUCAGGAUUAAUCAAGCCGACCAGGGAGCAGGAGGUGCUCAAACUGCCCAAAAAUCAGCUUGCUGUGGUUCAUAAGAAAUUGGCAGUAACGAAGAUAGGAUGAUGAGGGAGGAGGAAUUAAUCUUUUCCAUGACGUUAAUGUUUCUUCACAAUCUAUUUACUUUCUCGAAGCUCCUACUAUGUCUAAAAGUAUAAUCUAAGUCUUGCUUAUUAUUUCUGGCUUAUAAGAGAUCUGGAGGAGCUGUGUACUCCUUUUUGUUC